AUUCACGUUCCCGCGGCGUCUCGUUCGUCCACCUUAGUUUUAAUGUGCUUGGCCUUCACUAUAAAUACCCGCACAACCCAGUCCCCUUCAAUUUCCAGCCACGUGUUUCUUCAGAGUUCAAAUACAUACAGAGAAAGAGAGAGAGAUACUCAUUGAUCCAUGGCCGGAAGAGCAAUGUUCGAAAUACCGGUGACCACUCGCCGGAGAUCCGACAACGAGAUCGUCGGAUUACGUAUCGGAAGAGGAGGAGCCCCCGCGGCGGUGAGUCUCACCGGUAUGGUUUUCGGAUUCUUAGACGACGCCGAUGUUUUGCCGGAAAAUACAUCAAGCUCUUCGGACGGCUGUGACGAUGUAGACGAAGAGGAGGAGGAAGAUUCUAGCAACGUUGAAGAAAACAAGGUGUUUUGGGAAGAACAAGAACAACUGCUCCAGGCAACGUUAUGCAGAAGCAGUUCGAUCGAAUCGAAGAUUCGUCAAGCAACGAAAGAGGCUUUAAGGGAGACGAACUCGCCGUGCAGUUGCCGGAGACCGGUGGUUUCCGGUUGCCGGAAUUGCUUGCAGAGAGAAAUCUGCAACCGGCUGCUGAAUUUAGGCUACAAUUCCGCCAUUUGCAGAUCAAAGUGGCAGAGCUCAUCCAGUUUGCCUUCAGGACAACAUAGCUAUCUGGAAGUGGUAGAGAAAUCGAGUAGUAAUAAAAAAGAAGUGAGGGUUGUGAUCGAGCUGAAUUUCCGAGCCGAAUUCGAGAUGGCUCGAGCCAGCGACGAAUACAAUCGGCUAAUUAGCCGAUUACCGGAAGUGUUCGUCGGCAAAGCAGAGAGAUUGAGAACUCUGAUAAAGAUUCUUUGUGCAGCUGCGAAAACUUGCAUGAAGGAGAAGAAAAUGCAUUUGGGACCAUGGAGAAAGCAUAAAUACAUGCAAGCCAAAUGGCUUGGAAGCUGCGAGCGAUCGGCUCCUGCUCCGUUGCCUGUCAGGGAUAGCCACCGUCCCAUUAAGCCUAGAGCUUCCAUGUUGACUUUUGACUUGUUGGAGACUUUGCCCGGUUUGCAUUGCACCGCUGUGGAAGUUGUGUGAUUUUGCCCCUUUUUUUUUUUUUUUUUUUUUGGGUUCUUUUUUGUUAAUCUGAAAAUGAGUGAUUAGAAUAGGGAAAGUUUUGUCCUCGGUUUUCGGGAUUAGGAAUUGUAAAAUAUGGGUUAUUUUCUUUUUCUUUUUUUUUUUUUUUUUUUUUAAUAUAAAUUGAGAUAAAAUAUAAGGUUGGAUUGAGCUUUUGA